AUGCCAGCAUCAAGCAAGAAAGUGAAAGUACCCAAUGUGCUUUCUAAAAACACGACCAAACAACAACGAAAAUCGAAUUCCCACUCACUCGAUCAAAAUCGUAAAGUGGAUAAGAGUAAAAUUGGUAAAGGACCUACUCAGCUUCGUUCUCGUUCAACCAUUAAACGUCUUCUCAUGUAUACAUCAAAGGUCAAAAGAAAUGAAGAUGGAGAAAUUAUUAAAGGUUAUGUUACACCAAAAUCACAACAAAUCAAAAAGGGAGAAAUGGCUCGAGUUGCUCCUGAUAGAACAUUGUUCGGAAAUACAAGAGUCAUUGGUCAACAAGAAAUGUCAAAGUUCAGACAAGCGUUGGAAAAGAAAAUUCAUGAUCCUUACACAAUUUUGUUGAAACGUUCAAAAGUUCCAGUUUCUUUAUUGCAAGCCAAUACUAAAGAUACAAGUACAAGCUCAAUAUCAUUAGCAUCAUCCAACAGUACGAAUAAUGCAAAACCAACAAAUAUUGGAGGAGAAACAUUAAUUCCAUCCAAAGAUAAUAUUCAUGCAUUGCAUCAAAAUUCUACUUUUCAAAUCAAGAGACAAAUUAAUUUCCAAGAAACGUUUGGUCAAAAAGCUCAACGUAAAAAACCUACUCUCUUAUUCACAGACUUGACAGAAUUAUCUCAUCAAGUAGAAAAGAAACAACAAGAAUAUCAACCAAUCAAGGACAAGAAACAAAUGUAUGUCCCAAAUGAAUACUAUUAUUUGCACAAGGAAGGUACAGAUUCUCAUGAUGUUUCAUCAGUUUUGGCUUCAAGUGGAUUUGUGAGAUCCCAAUUGUAUGAUCCAUGUACUCAACGUGGUACCUCUAAACGUAUUUGGAGCGAAUUGUACAAGGUGAUUGACUCGAGUGACGUUCUAUUAAUAGUUUUGGAUGCAAGAGACCCCAUUGGUACUCGAUGCUAUCAUAUUGAGCAGUAUCUCAAAAAAGAGAAACCUCACAAACAUGUAGUGUUCAUUCUCAACAAGUGUGACCUCGUACCUACUUGGGUCACUGUUCGAUGGGUUAAAAUUCUCUCUCAAGAGUAUCCUUGUUUGGCCUUCCAUGCGAGUGUUCAAAAUCCAUUCGGUAAAGGUGCCUUAAUUCAACUGUUGAGACAAUAUGCUCAGGUGCAUCGUGAUAAACCAUCCAUCAGUGUUGGUCUCAUUGGAUAUCCCAAUGUUGGUAAAUCUAGUGUCAUUAACACAUUGAGAAAAAAGAAGGUCUGUAAGGCAGCUCCAAUUCCUGGUGAGACUAAAGUUUGGCAAUAUGUUGCAUUGAUGAGAAGAAUAUUCCUUAUUGACUGUCCUGGUGUGGUGCACACGACCGAUAACGAGGAGCAAUACCGAUUGAAAAAUCAAUAUAACACCUCCGAACAAGAUGAACAUUACCAAUAUAUGAACCGAGUGGCUGAUAAUGUUCUGAAGGGAGUGGUGCGUGUCGAGACAGUAACACCAGAUGAAUUGAUUGAUGUCAUUCGUGUCAUUUUGCAUCGUAUGAAACCAGAAUAUGUGCAACGUACCUAUCAAAUCUUGACAUGGAAAGAUCAUUAUGACUUUUUAACACAGUUGGCAUAUAGGUCAGGAAAAAUCAAUAAGGGUGGAUCUCCUGAUUUACACACAGUGGCUAAAAAGAUUGUACAGGACUGGCAACGAGGUAGAAUUCCAUGGUUUAUUGUUCCUCCAUUUGAAGAUGACAUUGAUAAGGCUGAAAUGAAGAGCUUGAGGAAGGAAUUGGAAGAUAAGAAGAAGAACCCAUUGUUGAAUCAUAAUAUUAAGCAGUUGUUUUACAAGUUAAAAACUGAUGAACAAUUGUCUGCUGUUUAUUCCAAGCAUGAUUUGAAGGGUAUUGGAAUUAUUCCGGAUGAUAAACAGGAAGCCAUCAUGCAAGAGUUGGCCAAGCCUUCAAAAGAGCAAAUGAAAAAGAUUGAAAAACAAAAUGCAAAAAAGAAGAAGCAAUUGUCAAAGGAAGGUUUGAACAAGAAUGACGAAGAGGAUGCUGAACAAGUCGAGGAGGGAAAUGAUCAAAUUCAAGAGGAUGACAAUGAUGAUGAAAUUGUGGAUUGGGAUGAAGUGUAUGCUCAGUUUAAUGACAAGGAGGUCAUGGACGAUGAUGAAAAUGAUGAUAUUGAGGAUGACGAAGAUGAUGAAAAUGAUAUGGAAGAGAGGAAUGGCUCUGAGUUUAUUGAAGAUGAAGCCGAAGAGGACAUGGAUGCCGAUGAGGAAGAGGAUGAACAAGCAGAUGAAGAAGAAGAGAAUGAACGCCCUGUAGUCAAGCCUCCAGUUGACAUGAAACCUGUCAAAGUGAAAUCACUCUCAAAGCUUGACAUUUUGAAUCGUAUCAAGAAGCAACGGCAAGAAUCAUCGAGUGAAAAGAAAAACGUUGUGGACGCUCCUGUUCCAAAGUCAGACAACGUGUACAUUCCUAAGGCUCUCAGAAAUAAGCUGAAAAAAUAA